AGAGAUGCUACCAAUCAUCAAAAAACUGAGGACAUCCAGAUGUUGCAACACCGAAGCACCCAGCACCUCCUCUGCACCACCACCAAGGGCCUCCUCAACUCCUCCGGCACACAGCACCUCCUCUGCACCAACACCCAGGGCCUCCUCAACUCCUCCGGCACACAGGACCACCAUUUCAGCUGAAGACCAUGCAAGAGAGGAAGGGGAUGAAGAUGAUCUGCAGUCACAGGCUGGGACAGAGACUGAACAAAAACUAUACUGGAGCCAUGCAGCAGUUCUGCUCCUCAUAGAUCUGAGACAGAGACUGCAACACCUCUUCAGCAGCACUACAGUGUCCAUGAAGCAGGCAUGGAAAUCUGUUGCAGAUCGGAUGAGUGAAAAGGGCUUUCACUUCACAGGACCUGAAUGUGACAGGAAAUUCCGCAGCAUGAAGUCAAGACACCGGACCAUUGUGGGGUGCAAUAAGACAACUGGGAGUGGCCGAUCAACAUGGCGCUAUUUCUCCCUAAUGGAACAUCUCACACAGGGCGACCCUGCAGUGGAGCCACUUGCUCCUGUUGGUAGCUUGCCCACCACACAUACACAGGAGAGGAGUAGUGUGGAUGGGGAAACAGUGGCAGAAGAACCCCCAGCUACUGCAGCUCUUAGACGGAGGAGAUCCUCAUCUGGUGACAGGAUGGAGUCAGCAAUCACUGCUCUGAGGAGAGACCUCCUCACCAUGCAUCAGGAGAGGAUGGAGCUAGGGACUAGGAGGGUGGUGGCCGAGGAGAGUAUUGCGCAAUUCUUGAAAGAAAAACCAAAAUAA